AUGUCCAGUUCUAACUCAACAAUCAACAAUAACAACACAACAUCCUCCUCAACCACGGGGGGCUCAACAUCAUCAUACAAAUCUCCCUUCCCAAAUAGCUCCGUCCAGCCAAGAAGGGAAUCCAGAUUCACCGAGCACUUUGAGUACAGCGAGUGGAAGAAUAUGCCUAGCGUGGUUGACCACAGCAAGCAUUUCGAGUUGAUGGCGGUGCCGAUUGAGCAUGAGAGGAAGGAAGCCGAGGAGAAGAAGAAGAAGAAGUCUUGGGGUUGGGGUAGUGGUAGUGGUAAAUGA